CGUGACGUCACUUCCCCGCGACUCCCCUCUGCGUUCCCUUCUCCAUGGAGGUGCUGGGUACGGCGUCCGUGAGGGACCCUGACAGGCUGCUUCCCGGAGGAUUCUGGGAGGCGGUGGGCGUCUGGCUGGAGAAGCCCCAGGUGGCCAACAAGAGGCUCUGCGGGGCAAGACUCGAUGGAGCCAGGAGGGUCGCCCCCUCAACCGCCGCCGCCGCUGGAGGGCUUUGGGAAGCGGCUUGGAGAGCCCUCCGCCCCUCGGUCCCCUGGGAGGCUCUCGCUCUCGAUGGCUGCCCCGAGGAAGGGGAGGUGGAAGUGGUGUUCCGCACCCUGGUGCCCAAAGUUAGCCCUCCUUCGCCCGCCAGGGAGCUGGUGGUGAAAGAUAUCGGUAAAGGAAUUGUAACCUUUUUGCCAUUGGAGCAAACCCCUGAAGGCAAAUGCAAGAUCAAGAAGUGCAAUGUUUAUCAAAUUCGACUUCUGCACAUGAAAAACAAUGAGUGGUGAGUGUUGGAAAGAUGUGCUGUUAUUCUUUGUCCUGUGAUGUGCAUAUCCUGUGAAAUUAGUUCUGUGAUUCCAGGUUACUUAGGCCUGUUACAG